AUGUCCGGGCCGCCCCCCCAGAUAAAUUGGGUGCCAAUAUUGGCUGCCCGAGCCCAAAAUGACCGUGAUGCUAUGAAACUCUACGCGGCAGCUGUUUCAGGCUUGAUUGGCGUCUUUAUUACCUAUUAUGCUGUGAAUUCCGUAUGGCGAAAGAUCGGCUUGCCUAGAGGACCUUUCAGCUACUCAGCGAUGAUUAAAUCGGUUUUAUCGAGAAAAGUCUCUAUUGCACCUUCGCUCGGACAUGUUCUUCUUUACAUUACCUACUUCGGCUUGAACUUGGGUUUCUUCUUUGUAAAAGUCGAUGAUAGCAUAUUGUCCUGGGAGUAUAUCAUCCCUAUGAGAGCUGGAUGGUUAGCGGUCGGGAAUCUUUGUUUGACAGUCUUUCUCAGUCUCAAAAACACACCGCUUGCAUUCCUCACAGGAUGGACCUACGAUCGUUUGAAUCCACUUCACAGAGCGUCGGGGUUAAUGACCUCCGCUCUCGUCGUCAUUCAUGCUGCUAUGGCUUCUGCCUUCUACCAGGAUUCACAACCAUCUAAGCUUUAUGAAGAAAAGCAAUACUUUGCCAUUUUCGCUGCCUUCACUAUGUUUUCUACAGUAGGUGUUGCCUUGGCGCUACAACGCAGACACUACGAGCUCUUUUAUGUUUUCCAUGUUCUGUUAUUCGUUUUAUUAGUGGGUUUCAUAUGUCUUCAUCAUCCAGAUAUCACCCAAAAGGUCAUGAUCGUCAUAUUUAUAGCCGCAGGACUGUGGAUCCUUGAUCGCCUGGUGCGAGCGACCAGCCUACUCUAUCAUGGCAUCAAUAACACCGCAACACUACACCCCCUUCCAGGCGGCGCCACAAGGGUCAUUCUGCAAAAGAGUCCUUUAGGUGCAAAGUCUGGACAGCACGCAUACCUUUGGAUUCCUGGGGUUCGAUACUUUGAGACUCAUCCCUUUACCAUAGUGAGCACGCAACCAACUGAGUUUGUGGUUGACGCCCACGAUGGCUUCACCCGCGACCUGCAUGAAUACGCCCUUAAAAAUCCUGGGGUUACACUAAAAGCAUCGGUUCAUGGACCUUAUGGAUAUAUCCCCAAUCCUGAGGCAUACGAUAAGAUCUUGAUCUUCGCUGGCGGUAGUGGCGGUACUUUUGGAUUUGGUAUGGCACUUCAGUUUCUACGAGAUCUUGACACCGCUGCCCACAGGAACAUCACCAUUGUUUGGGCCAUGAGAAACCCAGAUCUUUUGGAAUGGUUCUCUCCCUACCUUGAAAACAUUGCUCGCGCUCAAGGAUUCAAUAUCUCUAUCAACAUUACUGGCAGAUCAGACUUGUCAGAAAGGGCCACCAGUGACCAGCCACCCUCGCCUUCGAGGCGGUCGAUUUCGGAAGAUCGUGUGGAAAAGGUUGAUACACCCGUUCAGUCGAAUACGUCUGGACAAGACAUUAUUCUUGGGAUUCCAAUUCUACGUGGACGUCCUAAUGUCGAUGAGAUUGUGGCCCAGACUCUACAGGGGAUGUCUGCGAAUACACGAGUCUUGUUUUUGGCAUGUGGCCCAUCUGGCUUGUUGCAAGAUGUGAGGCAGUCGGCAACGUCUCGAAUGGUUCCAAACGAGGCUGCGAUGACACUUCAUUUCGAGCAGUUCGGGUGGUAA